GACGGCAGCCAUGUGUCUCAGACAGAAGUGUCUCUUCAGAAAGAGCUGGACGCAGAGAGGCAGAGAUACCAGAACCUCCUCAAAGAGUUUUCCAGAAUGGAGCAGAGAUACGACAACCUGAAGGAGGAGAUGUCUCUCAACAAGUUCCAGCCCGGCCACAUGAGGAACCCAUCCAAUCAGAGCAGCCUGGAGUCGGACUCGAACUACCCGUCAGUGUCCAUGUCGGAGGUCGGCGACACAGAGGACUCUAUUCAGCUGGUGGAGGAGAUGGGCGUGGAGAAAGCUGCGAUGGACAUCAGUCUGUUCAUGAAGCUCCAGAAACGAGUGCGAGAGCUGGAGCAGGAGAGGAAGAGGCUGCAGACCAGCGUGGACAAGAUGGAGGAACUCGCCAAACACAGGAGCUCUGAGCCGAGGAGUCCCACGUCUGUGCAGGAAACUGCAGAUCUGGCCUACAAUAACCUGAAGAGAGAGGAGCUGGAGACAGAGAACAAGAAACUGAAGAACGACCUGAACAACCUGAGGAAGACCAUCUCUGAGCGAGCUGCUCAGAACAACUCGUCCAACGAGCUGCAGGACGGCUACAACCUGCUGCUCAGUCAGCUCAAAUCAGCCAAUGAGGAGCUGGACGCCCGCAAAGAGGAGGUGCUCAUCCUCAGGACUCAGAUCGUCAACGCCGCUCAGCUGCUGGAGAAGAACGAACAAAUUCAGCAAAGUAAUAAUGUUCCAGAGGUUCCAGAGGUUCCAGAGGUUACCGAGGUUACUGAGGUUCCCGAGGACAAGGAAGAGGCCCUCAGAGCGUAUCAAGGACUGACUGAGUCUAAAAG